CUGGCAGUGGUUACGGAGUUACUGGGAGAUGGAUUGUGACCUCACAUCCCUCAGUCUAUAAACUCAGAUGCUGUCAGAGCCUGGGCCAGCCUGUGGGAACAAGCAGACAUGGCCACAGGGAAGGAGUGGAGCUGCCCCAUCUGCUGUGAUGCUCCAGAUGAUCUUGCUCACGCGAUGCCCUGUGGCCACCGUUUCUGCCUGGGCUGCAUCCUGCGCUGGGCAGAAAGAAAUCCUGCCUGCCCACUCUGCAGAAGAUCCAUCUUGACUGUCAAGUUUUCUGACCAUGGCGGAGACAACUACCUACACUGUGUCAUCACGCCUCCAAGAGGGUCACCAGCAACCAACAGCCAGGCAGGAGAAGCUCCUGGAGGCCUGGCUGAAAACAACCCCCAUGGCUCUCCAGCAUCCCCUGCCUCUUCUCCACAUGGUAUAACAGCCCCCACUGAGCAGGAGGCUGCAGGGCCAGAAGCCGUGGGUGGCAUCCUGCCUGAGCUCUGGGCAGAACUUUUCCGAAGGCGACGGAACCUCCUGGACCCUGUGCGGCCCUGGCUGUGCCAGGGGCUGGAGAUGAUAUAUGGGGGCGAGUGGUGGCAGGUAAAGAGUGCAGAGAGUGGCAUCCUGCUCGCCCUCUGUGUCUAUGGUCCAGACAGGGAGGUUUUGAUCCAAAGACUGGAGCCUCGCCUCCAGCAAUACACUGCACCACUGGUCCAUGGCAUCCUCAAUAUCAUUGCGACCCAGUGCAGUGAGGAGGUCCGGAGGCUACGGCACUCCCGCUCUGCCAGGGAGGAGGAUGAGAUCCCUGUGGCCAUCUCUGGCCCCACGGCUUCCCAGGGGGCUAAUCCCACCCUCAACCAGGCCCCCACCAGUGGCAUCACAGAUUCCGGUAUGGAGGAGGAAGCCGGCACACUGGAAGCUGCCACUGAGGGGCAACCCAGCUGCCCCCCAUCUGAGUCCAUUCCUGCACAGCAGCCGCAGCCCCAGGAGGAGCAGGGGGAGAUGACAGCAGCCACAGGUCCCUCUGCCCAGGAGAGCAGCCAGAGCCCCUCUACUUCUGGCCAGGGCAGGGACCACUUACCCACAACGUCCCGGCAUCUCCGAAAGAGGAGGAGCCCUGGGUCCCCAGAUAGCACCCACUGCGGCAAGAGACCUCACCACAAUCAGCAGUAACAGGGCUGCAGCAAGUCUUCAUGCAAGGAAAAGAAAAUAAAUUUCUAUUUUCUUGA